CGCGCCAUCGGCGGGCGGACAUUGGGAUUCAGCUAUCAGUCACUCCGCUCGCAUGUUUUGGUUCCUGAAAGUUGCUGUUAGCGGACAGGUGUAAAAAAAAUGUCCGCUGCGACGCCGCGUGUAAACGACCAGUACGUCUUUCAUCGACGUGAAUUUGAGGAGCGUCCGCCAGCAAACCAAAGAGGAGGCAGGCACAGUGCCCCACCGGUCCAUGGUACAAGGCAGACCACUUUACACCACCAGGCUGAUGGCAGCCGGACCCGGCCUCGACCGCCCAGUGACCCCAGCGUCGACUGGCCCCACCUGGACGACCCCACCACCAGGGAGCCUCAGCUGGAUGACUGUGAGAGGAUGGGGACUUUGUUUGGGAUGCUCAACAAGUGCCUGCGGGGGAUGGGCUUCAGCCAGAUGUACUUUGGGGACAAGAUAGUGGAGCCAGUGGUGAUUGUCUUCUUCUGGAUGCUGCUCUGGUUCCUGGGUAUUCAGGCCCUGGGCCUGGUGGGAACACUGUGCAUCAUCAUCAUCUACAUCCAGAAGUAAUGAGAGCUGAUGACCAGGGCAGCGUGCUUGUUUCCUUUGGUCAAUAUUUGCACAUGCAGGACUCAUUUAAUUCUAAUGGAUGUUUGGAUUGGAAUAUGCAGUGGAUCUGUGCUUGGGAGAGGG